AAAGGCAAACAAUGUUCCUUUAACAUAUGAUAUCCACAGCCAGACAUUUUGAGAUAAGAAAGUGCACAAAACCCUCUAUAACCAAAAGCAAACACACAAGGAAAAAAAAAGUAAAGAAAAGAUCAAAGAAAAGAAAAUGAAGCUUAUGCUUACCUUAACUAUAGCCUCUAUUCUAGCUCUACACCUUAUAAACUCUUCACAACAAAGGCCAGACAUAAACAACAUAACUCCGACUCCGACUCCGACUCCAUGGCCUCCACAAUUCCAUGCACUUCUGUACAUGAACUUGAGCAAAGGAAACCUUCAAAUGAGUGAUUUAUGGUAUGAUUGGCCUAAAGGAAGAAAUGUGAAUAUAUUUCAAAAACAACUAUCCAUAAUUCAGUAUGAUAUAGAGUGGAAUAAUGGGACUUCUUUUUAUUAUACACUUAAAGAGCCCUUUAGUUGUGAGAUUAUGGAAUUUGGAGUUGGAAUUCCUAAGCCUGAUUUUCUUGAGGGAGCUGAGUAUUUGGGGACCAGAGUUACUGAUGGAUUGUUGUGUAAUGUGUGGGAGAAGGUUGAUUUUAUUUGGUAUUAUGAAGAUGUUGCUACUCAAAGGCCUGUUAGAUGGGAUUUCUAUGAUGGUAUAUCAUCACAUGUGAUGACAUUUGAGGUUGGUGCUGUGUUAGAUGAUUCAUCCACUCAAGCUCCUGCAUACUGCUUCCUUCAAACCCCACACAAAUCCAACACAAAUGUGUAAUCACGCCAUCACUUUAUAAUCAGAUGCUACCUAGCUACUCUCUUUUUUAUUCACUGCUGUAAAUAAAGCUGGCUAUGAGCCGGUUCGGAUCCGAAACAGGAUGGGUUAAAACCGGCCCGAAAUCGAUCAAGUUCAGAACGAGGCCUGAACCGGCCCCAAAUUAUGAGGGAACUGGUUUUGAUUCGGCCGGAACUGUUGGUUUUUAGUUCUGGUUUUAUACUGAAAAUUUUAACAAUA